AUGGCAGACCACACAACUACCGUUGCUUGUUUGCCGCAAACAAAUGAAUCGUCGUUAAUUUCACCGUCCACACAUCGUCAUGGUCUUCUAGGUGAACUUAGUCAUUCUCACUGCCACCUUAACGGUAAUAAUAAUUUGAGCGCUCAACACAGUCAUUCGAAUUGCAGUCACAGUCACAUUAUUAACGAGAUUGGAUUGUCUAAAGACAACGUUAUGUGUAAGAAGCCAUUAACCGUUGAAGGAAGUAAAGAGCAGUGCAAUGGUCAUCUGCAAGUCGACGAUGCAGAUUUCGAUUUAAAGAAAAGGAUGGGGCAUAAACAAAACGGGGACGCGACGAUCAACAAUUCUGACGAGCAGCAGGCUUCUCCUACUCCAGGUAGCAAUUCACAGUAUGCCGCAAAGGCAAAUUAUUUGGAGAAAUUAAAUGGACUUACAAAUUCUGUUGCUGGACACAGCUCCCAAGAAAACGAGUGUGUAUUUAGCUUACUAAAUAGCAAUACUGCCAAUACACAUUCUAAAGUAGAAGAUGCAGCAGAAAUUGAGAACCAUAACUGUAGUAGUGUGGGUGCCCAUGCAAAAUCAGUUCAUGAAUCACAGUAUGUUUGUAAGUGCAGACAUUUAAAAUCAGCAGACAUUGCCUCACGUGAAUCAGACCUAGUCGAGUGUGCAGAUUGUUCACCUGUGGGCAGCAGUACUGGAGAAAUAUUUGAUACCUUAGUCAGUGAACUAAAGAAGGCAUGUUUAGGUCCUGGAAGCAGUAGUAAUGAACUGUCGACGGCCACCAAUUCAACCAGUGAAGUUACCUAUGUAGUUUAUGAGUCGGAAAGACAGAUGCCUGAUAUCAUGCGACUGAUCACAAAAGACUUGUCAGAACCUUAUUCCAUUUAUACAUACAGAUAUUUUAUCCACAAUUGGCCAAACUUGUGUUUUUUGGCUGUAGCUGAUGGCAAAUGUGUUGGCGCAAUAGUCUGCAAGCUGGACUUGCACAAGAAGAUGGUGCGCAGGGGCUACAUCGCCAUGCUGGCUGUGGAUUCAGAGUACAGACGCAGACAAAUAGGUUCUACACUGGUGACAAAAGCUAUUGAAGCAAUGAUCAGAGAUAACUGUGAUGAGGUUGUCCUGGAGACAGAAAUCACCAAUCAGGGUGCCCUUCGCUUGUAUGAGAACUUAGGCUUUGUCCGAGAUAAACGGUUAUUUCGGUAUUAUCUGAAUGGUGUGGAUGCCUUGAGACUCAAGCUUUGGCUGCGGUGA